AUGGCGGCGGAACCCCAGAAGGUGACCUGGGAGGUGGCACCGCAGAUGGACGCAUGGAUGGCGCCAGUCCUGGAGCGCAUCGACUUCCUACGCCAGGCCAGGCUUACUUCGGUGAUGGUGGUGGUGGACUACCUGUGCCGCUGCCUGGUGCCCCUGCCGGACCGGGCCCAGCCCUGCUGGGUGGACGACCUGAGCUGGGCAGAGCUCCCGUGGAAGGAGAUGGCGCUCUGCGCCAAUCCUGACCGGGUGGCGCUGCAGGCGAAGCUACCGAAGUUCGACGCCCAGGGGCUGGUCGACAGGCCAGGGCGCCAAAACCCUGGGACCAUUCAAAUUCCCGGGGUGGACGAGGCGGCUGGCGAGGAGGCCGCGAGCGAUCUAGCAGAGACCGAUGGUCCGGGCGCCGCAGGCGGUGAGCUGCAGGCCAGCGGUGGGGCUGCUGCGGGCAGCAGCCGCCAAGCUAGAAAAGGAGGCGCCGCCGACAGCGGGGCGGUGAUAGCGUCGGGGGACAGAGGGAAGCGCCCCCGGAUUUUCGUUCCUGCGCCGGCGUCCCCGCCAUCGUCGUCGCCUGGCGAGGAGGGAGGCCGGGGCGGUCAGUCGUUCAGCGUAGGGCCGUCGGAGGGGGCGGCAUCUGCGCCCGGAGACCGCACGGCGGCCCCGCAUAGCCCCCCGCUGAAGAAGAGGAGGGAGGACUCGGGGCCCAUGCCAUCGGGCCUGGGGUACAGGAUCCCGGCAUUGAGAUGGCCACCGGCGGAGGUGCCGAGGCCGGCUCCAGCCCCCGAGCCGAGCGCACCUGAGCCAAGCAUGCUGGCGGAGCCGGAGCCAUCAAGCACGCCAGCUGAGACGGAAACACAGGUGCCGCCCAGCCCCGAGCGGGUGGCAGCAGCCGUGCCCGGGCCGCCGGCGCCGGCUGAGUCUGCCCCGAGCGCGUCGAGCGUGGGGCGGUCAACUUCGUCGUGGGCGGUGCCUACAUGGCAAUUUUCGGGGACCCUGAGCCCCUCGGAGGAGGCUCGUAGAGGACCCAGUGCCCAGCCGUCGCCCAGCCAGCCGCCGACCCUCUCCCAGUCAUGCUGGGAAGCGCCCGGGAGGUGA